CCGGAUGUUGGCUCGGCUGCCGAGAGAAAGGCGAACGGGAGAAGGCGGAGAAGCCGAGUAGAGGGACGGCGCGGCACUGUAGGCACACCGGGCGAAGAUCUCUGCACAGAGGACAACAACUGUCAGGAGCACUGGGCUCUCCUGAGCUGGCGGGGAAGGACACUCUGUGUGUACAAGAGGUGGUGGACGGAGCGGGGAGACAGCUGCUGAUAAACUACCGUGAGGAUUACCAGAGAGAGCUGCCGUCUCUGCUGCUUUCAUCCUGAGGACGAACAGAAGACGCUAUGCUGACGUCCUAAGCUGUCCUCAUUUCAUCUCUCUUCCUAGUCAUUUCCAACACUUGGACUGUUUUCACCAACGUUAACCACUUCCUCCGGCUUUUUUUUUUUUUUUUAAUAUACCCCCGUUCCCUCCUGCCCGGCCUGCCGUCACCAUGACGUCGGAGCUGGAGAGCAGCCUGACCUCCAUGGACUGGCUCCCUCAGCUGACCAUGCAGGCGGCCAUCCGCAAGACGGACGCCCAGAAUGCCCACGGGCCCGGCAUGGGCAAGAAGAGCACCUUACUGGAUCACACCACCACGCUGGAUCAGGAGGAGGUGCAGCAGCACAAGGACGGCAAGCCUCCGUACAGCUACGCCAGCCUCAUCACAUUCGCCAUCAACAGCUCGCCAAAGAAGAAGAUGACGCUGAGCGAGAUCUACCAGUGGAUCUGUGAUAACUUCCCCUACUAUAGGGAGGCAGGCAGCGGCUGGAAGAACUCAAUACGGCACAAUCUGUCGCUAAACAAAUGUUUUCUCAAAGUGCCUCGCUCCAAAGAUGACCCUGGAAAGGGCUCCUACUGGGCCAUUGACACCAACCCAAAGGAGGACGCUUUGCCGACUCGGCCAAAGAAGAGGCCACGGUCUGGAGAGCGGGCUUCCACACCAUACAGCCUGGAUUCAGAGUCUUUGGGGAUGGACUGUAUGAUCUCUGGAAGUGCCUCUCCAACGCUGGCAAUCAACACUGUGACUAACAAGGUGGCGUUGUACAACACAGACCAGGAAGGUAGCGAUAGUCCGAGAAGCAGCCUUAACAACAGCCUGUCUGAUCAGAGUCUAGCCUCUGUCAAUCUCAACAGUGUGGGCAGCGUUCACAGCUACACACCGGUGACCAGUCAUCCGGAGCCCGUGUCCCAGUCGAUGAGCCUGCAGCAGCCCCCCCAGUCCCAGUACAGCAUGCCAGACAGGGAAAAGCAGCUCCCGUUCUCAGACUUCGAAGAUCUCAGUGCCUCCUUCCGCAGCCUUUACAAGUCUGUUUUUGAGCAGUCCUUCAGCCAACAAGGUCUGAUGGGCAUGCCGUCGGAUAACUCCCAGCAGACCCACACCUCCUGCUCCUAUCAGCACUCCCCCAGUGGCACCAUCAACACUCAGAACAGCCUGUCAAACAACCAGCCCAACAACCACCACAACAACCACCCCGCCAACAGCGGCCAGGUUCCCCUGUCCCACCCGGCCCAGGCCCACCCCGGCCACGGAUCGCCCCACGCCCAGCACCUCUCGCAGCACAACCAACACGGCCAGCACCCUCAGCACCCACAGCACGCCACGCACUCCCAGCACGGCCAGCACCCGACCCACGGCCAGCACCCGCAGCAACAGCAGCACACGGCGCACACGCAGCACAACCAGCACAACCAGCACCCCUCCCAACACGGACAGCAGCACCAGAGCCUCUCCCACCCGCAACAGAUGGCCUGCAACACAGGUUUACGGUCUGAGUGGUACCCGAAUCUGGAUGCCCUGAAAGAAAGCUGUCGUAUCGCCAGCAGCUACAACUGGGCUGAUGUCGACCUUUCUCCUUUCCAAGGUUUAAGAGAAAGCAUGAGACAGGCUGAGCUGAACAAUUGGUGCCUUGAACCCACUCAGAUUGCGGACCUCUGCUCGUCCAUCAACCAGUUCUUUGCUCGUACCGGCGUCAUUCAGCAGCAGGGGGCGGUACAGAGUCCUGUGUGUCACGGCGCCAUGCACACCAACAAACCCGGCCAGCACCUCAACACAGGAAACCUCUACAUGGACACAAGACAGAGUAUGCCCCCCAUGAUGGGUCCCCCCGGAUACCCCCACAUGCCCCCCAUGAGCAACACGGGACCCACAAUGACAGGACACCAUGCACAGAUGAACCAGCAGCACAUGAUACCUUCCAGGACCUUCCAGAUGCAUCGCAUGCAAGCCGACGACAUCCAGGACGAUUUCGACUGGGACUCCAUCGUCUAGCCGCUCCACUUCCCCGUUAAAGCAAGUCCAAGCCGAUGGAGGAGGAGGGGGGGCGAAACCCGGAGGAGGCCAGGCUGAGCCGACGAGGCCGCAGGUUGUGUGAUGCAGAGGAACGUUUGACACGGUGAAAAACCCCACAGACUUCAGAGUCCUGACAAUUGUCCGCACGGCGAACCAUAACCAGAAAAUGUUGUUACUUUGAAGACAAUCAUGUUUAGUCAGACCUGUUCUCGUCUGGAGACGAGUGGAGCUCAGUAACAGUGAACCUCCUCAGCCAGCCCCCUCCUCUUACCCAGAACAUCCUCUUCCUGCCACCCCCCCCCCACCCGACCCCUGACCCCUCUGCUCCUUAACUGUCAUGUGAUUUGAGCGACGUGUUCAGCUUGUAAUUCUUCUCGUGUCGACAUAGGCCUCAGCUGCCUCUAAGAUGAAGUUCUCUCUCUCCAACUUUCUCUCCCCUCUGUUUAUUUUUUUGUGUUUAUGAUAUUUUAUUUCAUAAACACAUUUCAUUCAUAUUUCUUUAUUUUUUAUUUUUUUAAGAAAACACAGGCCGUCUGUCUCUGUGAGUAACGUGAUGGUGCUCGUUGGUCGCUUCUGGGGAAAACAGGUUUACAAAUGUUUAAAAUCUGAACAGGGUGUUUUGUUUUGUUUGUUUGUUUUAUCCCCACUGGUUUGAUUUUAUUUUAUUUGUUUUAAAACCAGGAGUUGAGCCGGAGAGGGAUCCCACAGGGUGCUGUGUCCGGCUCUCUGUGUGUCAUGGGAGAACAGAGACUCUCAUCGUUCGCUCUUAAACACUUAAAGAUGAAUGAAUUUUGAUAUCGAGAAGAUAAAAUCAGGAGUGUGAAAACAGAUCUUUGAAUUGAAUCUGCGUCUUGUGAAGUUUAGAGUUGUUUAGAUUCGUAACAGAAACUGUAGCACCUUUAGAAAUUCAACAAAAGUCAAAACUGUUUUAGUCUCUAUUGUUCACUAAAUAAGAUGCUACCACUCAAAGCCAUUAGAUAAUCUGUAAGAAUCACGAUACGUCUGAGUUAAGUUUUAUUUGGAUGAAGAUUCAAGGAUUUUUUUACUGUCAUACCACUUCUACUUGUUUGUGGUAGGAAAUAUGGACUCAGGUCACAGAUUAAGAAAUUUAAUACAUAAAUAUAUUAAUAAUAAAGAUCAGUCUGAACCUCCAUUAACAUCUCAGUUAUUCAGUCACAGAAACGUCUGAAACUGCAUCUCAGAUCCCAAAUAAUAAAUAUAUUAAUACUAGACCAACAUCUGCAAGAAAACAUAAAGAGAGAAAAAAUGAUUAAACUAACGUUUCAUUCAGGGAAAACAUACUUCAGUGAGAUUUUAUUUAGUGAUCAAUAGGGCACUAUCUGAUUAAUCAUGACUUAAUUAUUGAAAUAAUUAACUAAUUUAGUAAUCGAUUGUUAGUAAUCGAUUGAUCAUUAACUUGAGUAUACAGACGGCAAAGCAGUAAUUAAGCCAAAACUGUGUGUAAAAAUACACACAUUUUGCAUUUAAGAUAAAAAAAAUAUUAUUUUUCUGUAAAUAUCUCCAUAAGUGGUAGAUUUAGCUUAAUCUGGUUCAAAUUAUGUAAAAACUCAGAUUAAGCACCAAUUAUUAAGCGGUUAAUCCAAAAAUAGUCAGCAGAUGUUGAUAGAAAGGGCUGAGCUUUUCACAAGCUCACAUUAAAAAUAUUAAACUUCAGAUUCAUCCUUUGAUACAAAUGAUUCGUUAAUGAUGCUAUUAUUGCUUUUUAAGCAAUAAAAAUUUAAUAUAUUCUAAUUUAAAAAAGGAAUUGCAUUCUUUAUUUGCAUCUUUUUAUGCUUAGAUCAAAGAUCUGCAGAAUAUGGCCAUUUUUUUUUUCAGAUUUAUUCAAUAGAACAAUUGAUUACUGAAAUAAUCAGCCCUAAUGAUCGAUAGUAAAGUAUCUGUUUGUGAACAUUAGAGACAUUUUGAUGCUCCCUGCAGAGUCUGAUGCGAUCAGGACAGGAUAAAAUUCACAUGUCGGUGGAACAGAUGAGGCGUUUGUGGGAGUUUGUUGUUGUUUUGUUUUUUAUAUUGUAAUUUUAGGGCUCCGAUUGUUGGCUGCACUCACCUCGGCUCUGUGUGAGCAUGAAGCACACGGUGAAGGAGGCGCAGGCGGCUCACGCAGGCAGAUCCAGGAGGUUUUCUCAAGCACAGAGCAGAGGAGCGACCCGAAGGUUCUCCAGAACCGGCUCCACGGUCAGACCGCUGCUGGCCUAAAGAGACACUAUGGUUAGAGGAGGAUGAGCCCUUUGCACAUGAGUACCUUUUGUUUACUUGGCUCCAGAUGCAAAGCCGAUCCCGUUUUAUCCCGCGACUCGCUGCCGUCCUGCAGCGGCCGCUCUGAUUGGCCGCUUUCCUGCGCUGCAUCGGGUUUUACCGUUCUGGUGCUCUCCAGCUGCAACACUGUGUCUCUGUUUGAAGGAGUAGCACGAUGUUUCUGGGAUUAUAUUCAGGCUUUUUAAUCUGGGAGUUGAGAAAUUUAACAAAUCGGUCAGCCGAGUUUUAGCAUAAAGACUGAAAACUGUUGUCCAGAUUAGAGGUGCACCAAUUUAUCAGAGCCGAUUCCACCGCACUUACCAACUCUUCCACUUUCUUCCUCUAUUCAGCAACAUUUCAUACAAAAUAAAUCGGUAUCGGCAGUUCAGGCUUUUUAAAGAUCGGUAAUCUACGAUCGACCUAAAAACUGCAAUCGGUGCGCCCCUACUCUAAAUAAACCUGCAAGAUUUAAUCUGAUUAGGUUUAUUCUCGGUUUAAAGGACUGAGAAUAAAUAAAUAAACCAAACCUGGUUCAUGUUUGGUGAUAAAUCAAAUUUUACAAAGUGAAGGGGAUUAUUUUCAUAUCGGAUUUUAAUAAAUAGCACAUGCAAACGUUUACCUCCACCUGCAGUGAUUAUCAUUUUUAUUCAGUUGUGAAGGUGCACUUAGCAAACUUUUCCUGACAGAUUCUGAUUUUAAUAAUGUUAAAGAACUAGAGCACAUAGAGUAGAAAACAUUACCUGCAGGUUGUCACAAUUAGAAAUUUUACUGGUCGAUAAAUUGUCCCAGAAGUUAUUGUAAUAAACGAUAAUAUUGUUUUGA